AUGUCGACCCCCGACAUCUCCCAACUAACUGCGUCCCAACAAGAAGCUCUACAAACCUACACCUCCGUUACCGAUCAAGACCCCAUUGCCGCAAUCCCGCUCCUACGACGAUGCGAAUGGAACGUACAAAUUGCUGUGGCCCGCUUCUUUGAUGGUGAACCUGCAAGCGACCCUCUCGCCGAGGCACAAGCACAACUACCUCCUGCCUCUGCCCGCCAAACUACAAAUUUGCAGUAUGAGUCGCUUCUAGCAGCAUCACAAACCUCUCCCAGACCUCCCCGGGCAAGCCCCGGGGACAUAGUGGCACGAGUUGACACGAGCGGCACAGUCAACGAACCGGUAUAUCGUCCUUCGACAUUAUUCUCCAUCAUAUUUACUCCUGUGAAUAUCCUGUACAGAGUAUUUACAACCGUGUUGUCGCCGUUUGGAUUCCUCGUUCCCACGUUUCUCUCCCGCCUUUUUCAUCGCCUUCUCUACCAAUCCCAGUCGCAGUCACGCACCCAGAGGCGGGCUCUACCACCAGCUGAAAAUGCAAGGAGAUUCAUACGAGAAUUCAGUGAAGAAUAUGGCACCGAGAGUCAGGAUGGAGAAUCAUCUGCGCCGCUUCUCCCAUUCACCGAAUCCGGGUUCAACUUAGCCCUCGACACCGCCAAAAAGGACCUCAAAUUCAUGCUUGUGGUCCUUCUCUCGCGCAGCCAUGAUGACAAUAAUACCUGGGUCCGAGAGACCCUACUAUCCCAACAGUUUAAAUCAUUCCUCGACUCUCAUCGGUCUGACUUGAUACUUUGGGGUGGAGAUGUACGGGAUUCGGAAGCCUACCAAGUAUCUGCGAGUCUUCAGUGUACCAAGUUCCCGUUCGCGGCACUCAUAUGUCAGGGUUCGGAGCCAGGAUCGGGUGCACCAUCCGGAGCGAUGACAGUUGUCAUGCGUGCUGUUGGACCAAUAUCAGCACCGGAAUUGGUUGCAAAGUUGGCCACGGCGAUGACGACCCACCAGACGCAACUUACUGCGGCGAGAGCUCAGCAGGCAGAACGCCAGGCAACCCAGAAUCUACGUAGGGAGCAGGACUCGGCUUACGAGAGAUCAUUGGCGCAAGAUCGUGAGAGGGCUCGUCGGAGACGGGAAGAGGAGGAAGCGGCAAGAAGAGCAGAAUUGGAAGCCCAAGAACAGGCAAGACUGGCAGAGAAGAAGAAGAGAGACAGAGAGCAGUGGAAGAGAUGGCGUGCCCGUUCACUUCCGGAAGAACCGGAUGCAGAGAUCAAAGAUGCCAUUCGAGUGAGUAUCCGCUUGCCUUCUGGCGAACGAGUCAUCCGAAGAUUUCAAACAGAUGCUGAGAUAGAAGAACUGUAUGCCUUUGUGGAAUGUUACGAGGUCAUCAAAUCCAAACAUUCGGAAAAACAAAGGGAGGAAGAGGAGGAGGAGGAGGAUGCGGAGGAGCCAGAGGGGUAUGAGCAUGAAUACAAGUUUCGACUGGUGUCGCCCAUGCCCAGAAUAGUGUAUGAUUUGGAAAAGGGAGGUUCGAUAGGCACAAGGGUGGGAAAGGGCGCAAACCUGCUCGUGGAACCUAUUGAUGAGGAUGAGGAGGACGAAAAUGAGGACGAGGAUUGA